AUGAAUCGCUCCGCAAGGGCCCAUCGCUCCACAAAGAUACCCAACGUCAAACUUCGACCUGCGCAUCUCGAAACCCCAGACUCCCUCGCCUCGUCGUCCAAACAGCAUCAGAACAAGGUCGCCCGUCGCCGCCACGAGCUCAUCGACGACCGCGAGGAUGCCGACCACUUCCGUCAGCUUCGCGACCAAGGCCAUGACCACGGAGCUCACGUCGAUGCCGACUUCAUCGGAUCCUCCGCACACCCGCUCAAGGGCGCCGUCAUCUCCAUCACCGGUCUCAGCGAGGCAAAAGCCGCCUUGACCCAGUACGCCAGAGAGCUCGGCGCAAGGGUGGAGGGCAACCUCACAGAGGACGUCACACACCUCGUCGCAGACAGACCAGGAUCACAAAAGUAUCGCUUUGCCCUCGACCUCGGCAUGCACAUCGUCAGCCCCGAUUGGAUCCACGCUGUACGCGACGCCUGGCUCCAGGGUGACGACGUCGACGCCCUCCAGCUCGAGCAGCAACAUCUUCUUCCGCCCCUCUCCAACACCACCAUCUGCUUCUCAUCCCUUCAAGCCGCGGAACGCCGCAGACUGGUUCAGAUCGCACACUCCCUCGGCGCAGUCGUCUCUGACGAGCUCCGCUUCGACGGCUCCGUCACCCACCUCGUCUCCACCACUCCAGAUCCAAACGCCUCCAGCAGCGUGCGCCAUCUGCUCCACUUUCUCGAUCGUGGCCGUCACGGCCGCAACGGCAGGCGUGAACAGGCCGCCGCCCAAAUCCUCGCCGUCCGUCCAGACUGGCUCGCAGACUGCCAAAAGGCCGACGGUUGUCUGAGCGAACAGACCUACUCCAUCUUUGCCGAUCUCCCCGACCAGCAACAACGCGCCGCGCUCAUCCAAAAGGCACAGCACAAGAUCCCCUCGCCCUUGGUCCGCCAAGAAAAGCCCGCGCCGCCCACCAUCGGCAGCCCCUUCAUCGCCUCGAGUCGUUCCAGCCUCAAAAAUCCGCGCGACGGCGCAAAGUCCCAACACCAAAACAAUGGCGACCAAGCAGACGAGGACGACGAAGAACCCAUCACGCUCGGCUCCAGGCAAAAAGCCGCAGCCGCUGCGGAAAAGUCGUUCGACAGCAUCCUAUCCCAGCUCCGCAGCAAUACGGGGCCCACUUCCUCCGCAUCCCUCGCUCCACGCCCUUCCAGACCUGGCGUCGCUUCGACUCCCGCUUCCGCAUCUGCACUCGUAUCCGCUUCCGCAUCCACACUCGACGUGCCGCCUGCACGUCCACCUCCGUCGGCUUCCAACACCACCACACAUACAAAUAGCCUCCUCGGAAUGUCCCGCGCCUCCAGUUUCUCCCGCGCACCACCAUCAUCCACCGCUACGCCUGUCCAUCAACGCAAGUCCACCACCAAACCCACCUUCCUCCCCCAACACAGCAUGUCAUCCAACAACAUCUCCCACUCCACCGGCCCUCAUCCUUGCUUCCACGCACAGACGUUCCGCGUUUGCUUGGGCGAUCCACGCCGCAAAGAGUUGCUCGCUCAAGUUCUCGCUGAGAGUGGCGCCACGCUGCUCCAGGACAACAACGCUGCACCGCCCCAGUUUGCCGUCGUCGAUCCCAAACAGGACGCCGCCUCUCUGCAGGCGCUCGUCAACGCAGGUGUCACGCCCGUGCUCCACUUCUGGAUCGAGUACUGCCUCCACCACGAGACCUUUGUCGAGCCCGCCUCCUACUUUGCCGCUCUGCCCGCGCAGGUCCCCUUCCCCUUGCCGGAUGCACAUCGGCUCCGCGUAUUCCUCCUUGGUUUCGAACCCGGUUCGCCCGAGCUCUACCACGCUCAGAAGCUGGUCAGCGAAAUGGGCGGCACCGUCGCACCACAGAUCAAGCGCGAGAACCUCACCCACGUCGUAUGCGCCACCCGAGAGAGCUACGAGGGCCGGCGUGCCCAACGUGCGCGCAGUCACGGCAUCCCCGUAGUCGGGCUCGAAUUCCUCAUCCGAGCCAAGCAAACGGGUCGCCUCGUCCCCGAGCCCUCGGCGGUCGCAAUGAUUGAGGCAGAAUCUCUCGCCACGACCACCAGCAGCAGCAGCACUCACACGGAUCCACGCACUUCGGCACAGUAUCAACGAGCAUCUUCGUCGAGGCAGAACUCUAACGGCUCAGCACAGGGUCGUGAGGGUCCGAUGCUUCCGCUCACAGGCUGCACCGUCUCCCGAUCCAAGGCCUUGGCAUCUCAGACUGCCCUGCUCGAACGCAAGGCGCUGCAGCUCGGAGCGACGUGGCAGGCUCAGGCCAGCGAGGCUACCACUCACCUGCUCCAUCGCGGCUCGGCACCGCCUCGUGAGAGCAAGGAGCUCAGCCGAGGUGUCUUCUCUGUCCAUCCUUCGUGGCUCGACAAAUGCCUGGAAGAGGAGAUCCGUGUCGACGAGAGCCUGUUUCCGUCGUCCAUGGACCCGGCAAAGUCGCUGCUCACCGUGCUAUCCAACUCGGAUGGUUCUGCCAGCGGCAACUUUCUAUCCCAGGCAACGCAGUCCAUCGCUCAACACAGGCGCGCGCCGCACUCGACGCAGGAUGCGCGACAGACGCAGGCAACCCUCGUCGCUGCCGCCAAGCCCUGGCAUCGCUCCAUCUCGGCCGAUGCAGCUCGAUACUCUGGCGACUUGCUGGACGAAGCUCAAGACUCGGAAGCAGACACCAGGCGUGUUCGUGGACGCUCAGAGGAGAUCGACUUGACGCACGACGAUGAGGACGAAUCCGGAGAAAACAGCGCUAUGAUCGACGACACUAUGGACGAAGACAAGACCCUCGGUGAAGUGUCCCGAGAUGCCCAAGUGGAGGUCGAGGAGGCUGUGGCACCCUCGAGCCAGACCCUGUUCGAGGAAUAUGCAAAUGAGGCAUCAUUCGCCGUUCCACCUCUGCCAAAGGUGGGCAAGACAUCGUCGGUCAACGACGUCGAAAAGCAAAAGCCGCACGCCGUAGCCCUGUCGGUUGGCGAGGGUCCGCGUGCAGGCCAGACUUCAUCCGCUGAUCAAGUGUUGGAGGCGCUACGAUUGCGUGCGCUGGCUCAGGGUGCUCGCCGCAAGACCCGACAGCGCGCGCGCAAACAGCGCUCCGACGAUCCUACGUCCGGUCGCAGCUCGAACGAAAUGAACCUUCCUCCUGAGCAGGUGCUCGAGGCGCAGGCGCAGCUGGAUGCGCGACGCGCUGCCGAAGCAGCCGCACAUGGCUACUCGCUCGGCUUGGACCGAGACCUCGCCAUGCCUGCUGGCAGUCAAAACGGCCAGAGCCAGAGCUUUGAUGCGAGUGUCCGCAUCGUGUACGACGAUCCUGCAGCUCAAAAGGAACGCAUGCGAAUGCUCAAGAUGCUCGAGCAGCAACCCGCAGCGAAAGCAGCCGCCGAAAAUGGUGCGCAGCCCUUCGAAGACGGCGUCGCCGACGACAAUGUGCCUGAAGUGCUCGAUGCCGCUGACGCUGGGUCCAACAUGUCUCGCAAACGCCCGGUGGAGGACUCGUUCGGCGCCGGAAGACAAGCAAGGCACUACUGGGAGAACCGCAACAGCGAGAGUCCUACCAAACGUCCCGUGAGCAAAGCAUCAUCUUAUCGGAGCUGUCACCGGCGACUGGCCAUCGUUGCAUCGUAUCGGGCCGUCGAGGUUGCGCUCCGACAGCGCAAGGGUGCAGCAGCCAGUGCAUCCGCGGCAGAGUCGAUGGCACCACAGGCAUCGCGGCGCUUCCACGAAGCAGGCGUGGGCUCGCGCACCGGUCUGCGUCUUUCGGCCGUCGCGCGCGACCAGGAUGGGUUUGAAGACCUCGAGGCUUUCUACAAGGCGAGCCAGGCUGCGCUAGACCAUCGCCAGGAAGGAGAUGCCGACUCGGACGAGGCCGGAGACGACGACUACGACUCUUUCGACGAAACGCACUUUAGCCGCCGAUCCAGCAAAGGCGCAGGAAAAGAUGCGCGCAAAAACGCACCAUCCAGCAGCAGCGCCAUGGACCUCCAAACCAGCUCAGCGCCUUCGCCACGCUCGGUACUGCGCACUUCUCGGCCAGCGUCUUCCUAUGCCGGCUCUCCGUCGCGGCGAUCUCACGCUCAGGCACCGAACAUGACUCUGGCAGACGACGAUGAUGACGACUUUGAUCUGCCCAACUUGUCCACCGGCUCGCGCAGCUUCGACCUCGGCGCAUUGGCAGGCGACGAUGACGUUGACGACCGCGAUGCUCCGAGUGCCCCCGCACGCGGUCUAUCUGCUAGGCAAGCACAGCCAAUCCCAGCAUCGGCCAAGGGAAAGAAGGCGGCGGCACCCAGACGCGUCGAUCUGUUGGAUUCGGAUUCAGAUGAUCAAGGGCCGCCUGCAGACGCACACCGUCGAUUCCAGAAGGCCGACGACGAUGCAGAGAUGUCGAGCGACUACGAUAUCGUCCCGAUCAGCUCUUCACCCGCCAGGAAGAAGAAGACCGCCGCGUCAAAACCAAGGUCACCCGCCGCCAAAACAGCAUCAAAAGCUGCAUCAACAUCUGCAUCAGGCAGCAGGACUGGUGUUGCGCAGCGCGACACCACCCCGCCAACCGCACGUCCUGGCGCAGCUCACUCACCCCAGCAAAAGCCUGCACGAUCGCCAAAGAAGGUCUCUCGGCCUCCACCGCCGCCCGAGAUCAGCUACGAGGACUCGCGACCCAACUUCAUGCACGACGAAUCACCGCAACCUGACCCACAACCGUCGCCACCAACGUCGCCGCCAGCAAAGCGGAAACGCGGAAGACCACCCAUGAACCAAGCGGCGCAGAGCAACAUUCUCGAUGAUCUGCAGCCUGAAGAGCAAUUACCGCCAGCAAAGAAGAAGAGCGCCGGCCGUACUGCCGGCAGCGGCGUCAAGUCGAAAAAGGUCGGCGCCGAAAAGGCGAACGCCAAGCAGCGGACGGGUGAAGUGGUGGAAAAGGUGCGAGCGCAACCGCGCGAGGCGACCGUGAUCGACGAGAACGGCGUACGCCGGAGCACGCGGCAGCGAUUCGCGCCACUCGAGUAUUGGCGUGGCGAACGUGUGCGCUAUGGCCGACCCAGUCUACCGAACGAGGAGCUUCGAGCGUCGCAACGGCCUGGAGAAGACGACUUUGAGGACAGUCUUGGGGCGAUGCCGAUGCGGAAGCGCGUGCCUGUGCUCGACGUCAAGGAGGUCAUUCGCGUGCCGCGAGCUCCGGGUGAGGGGACGUUUGCCGGCACCACACGCGCGCGUGCCACGCGGCGUCGCGCUGCGCCUUCCACUGCCCCGCGCAAGGCCGAGGAGAAGCUGCCAAAGCGAGGCUCUGCACCGCCCGACGGCGACGAGGACGAGUGGCUGCUGCUGGACCCCACCGCCGACACUGUGCAUGUCGAGGACGGAUGGGACCGCGAAACGCUCGAGACGGGACUGGUGAUUGACGAGGACGGUGAGGAGGUCGAGAUGUCGGUGGUUCGCACCAAAGAUUCUCUCCAUCCCAUAAUGGCUGCCGGGCAACAGUUCGGUUUCGAGAAGAUCUUCAACUGCGGUGGACUCAUGGCUACGGGCGUGCUGCACUUACCGCCCGGAACGAGGAAGCCCACCAAGCCGAGCAAGGACAACAGCUUUGUAUUCUGCGUUCUGCAGGGCGCUCUUCGUGCCACGGUGCACCGCAAGAGCUUCAUCGUCGGCCCGCAUGGCAUCUUCCAGGUGCCGGCGGGAAACACGUACGCGCUCGAGAACAUCUGCCAGCGCGACGUGCAUCUCUUCUUUGCCCAGUGCAGGAAGACGCGCAAGGCCAACGCGGGUGACUUGACCACCUUCACGCAGGCUUCCGAUACGAGCUACAGCGUGCCCGGCUGGACCGACAGUCAGCGCGUACUCCAGAGCCCCCAGCAGAGCCAGCAGAGCCGGCAGAGCCAACACCAACCGCCGCCGCUUUCAGACGACGAAGACGACUUUGAAACGAGUCGACAGCUCAAGAGCAAGAAGCGCGUGUUCAGAAAAGUGUAG